CAAGUAUAGUUUUGCGUUACCUGGUAAUAAGUGUUUUCAUAAGAGUAUUCGUUAUUUACACUAGAUUUAUUAUCCGAAAUCCAAGGUAAUGCCCUAACACAUGACUAUCGCCGCAAGAUUCGAGAUAAAAUAAAUCGAGUAGAGUGUGGAAAAGGCCAUAAAACAAUAGAAGAAGGGACGAUCCCUGCCGAUCCAUUGAACAGUACAGUUUAAAUCACCCCCCGAGUCCCAUUUUUCGGGGGGUUAGCCUCCGAUGGAGCGGAACUACACCUCUGAUGCCGUCCUAUCGGCAAGAACAGAAAGGGCUUUAAAAUGUUUUCCUUGUUCGCUAGCGGAGUCUUCCACCAGUAAACGCCAUCUUCGAAGGCACCUAGCGCUCUCAAGGUACUACCUGUCCUCGGGCUUCAUAUUCGCGAGUGAUGCGGCCUCAGUUGCCGCGGAAGGAGGGGACUAGAAAGAGCUUUCUUGGAUAACCUAGACCAUUAAGCC